AUGGAUAUCAAAGAUAGCAGCGACGAAGAAGAGAUACAUGAUAUAUCAGCGUUCACGAAAUUCGACGAGAGUAUCGAGGUACGAAACGCUGAGGAGAUACAAAGUCCAGUGAAUCGUAGACCUUCCAGUUCGAGGAGACCCAGACAACAUCCGAUGAACGAGAGCCGAAGUGCUAUAGGAAUAAAUUCACCUCGCGAAAAAUUCAAUUUUCGAAGGUACUCGGAUCAUGAUAACAGCUUUGGAAAAUCCAUGGGAAUCCAUAGUGAUCCAUCAGACAGUGAAGAAAGCGACGAUGAUGAUAUUCAAGGAACGAGCAACGCUCAGCCCAUCGAAAUUUAUAAUCCUAAGGAUUUUGAGGAUUUAGAGGUGUCUACUGAAAUGAAGGAAUUAUUUCAAAACAUAAUGAGGUAUACUCCGCAAAAGAUCGAAUUAAAUUACAAACUCAUACCAUUCAUCCCCGAUUACAUCCCAGCAGUGGGUGACAUAGACGCUUUUAUCAAAAUCCCGCGACCAGACGGCAUAGAAGACAAAAUUGGUUUAACAGUUUUGGACGAGCCUUGCACCAAUCAAUCUGAUCCAGCUGUCCUUCAUCUUCAACUUCGUAAUCAUUUACGAAGCGGAGGAGGAGCGAGACAAACGGUGGUUAAAAGAAUCGAAGAUGCAGAAAAAAAUGGAAAGUCAAUCGAGAAGUGGAUCGAGGAUAUAAAUCAGCUUCACAGAAGCAAACAUGCUCCCGCAGUUAACUUAACGAAACCGAUGCCAGACAUCGACUCGUUGCUUCAACAAUGGCCACCGGAAGUUGAGGACAAGCUUAACGAAGUUGAAUUGAAUUUCACGCAAUUGGACUGUCAAUUACCAGAACUUAUCGAUCUUAUAUGUAAUCUUUUGGAUAUACCAUCGGAAGAGGGCAUGAGAUUGGAGGCAUUACAUAUGCUCUUCACACUUUAUUUAGAAGUUCGAAAUGUCAGAGCGCAGAAAUAUUAA